AUGUCCACUAUUAAGCGAGCAUCAACACGGUACAGGACUACUCGCCCAAACAUACCAUUAACUGUCGAGAGAAAAUCUGUCGAGGCACGAAUCGACGACCAUCUUAUCAUUCAACUUCGUAUCUUCGAACAAACUGAUCUCGAACAUGCUCAUCGACUUCGAGCUCAAGUGGCAGUCAUGGCCAACACAUCCACCGGAGUCACUGACGCGACUCUCGAAGUAACUCAGAACUGGAUGAAUCGCUUCCUCGCUCCCAACGACAAAGUCACAUUCAACUUCAUGAUAUGGGCGAAGCAGGACAAUGCCCCCUGGGAACAUGUCGGCGUGAUCGGGAGCCACAUGCUAACGCCUGUACCACGUAUUGGAUACAUGUUGCGCACCGAAUGGUGGGGCAAGUCCAUCACCACGAGGGCGGUUCAAACCUUUCUCAGUCUAUGGUGGACUUUAGAGCGCAAGGUAGUUGAGAUAGACCUCAACGAUGCGCAGCAUGAGCACGACUUUCACCUCAUUCGCUUAGAGUACGACCAGGACGAACAACUAGUCCCAACAUAUACCGGCCAGUGCAGAGAUGUGAAAACGGUGUCCGAAAUACUGAUAGCUGAAAUCGAGGAACGCAAUAUUGGAAGCAUUCGCGUGGUGCAACGAUCUGGGUUUCAGUAUCGGGCCCAGGAAACCAUUUUCGAGAAUACCAAAACUUUUAUUCUACACGACUACACCAUAGCUCGGCCUUGA